GCGAUUAGUCGCCGGGAAGAUACGACGGUGGCCGGCCACCGAGUCGACAGGUUUGCAACAAACAAUUGAGAAAAUAGAGCACGUUUUGCCAGAAUCCCGUUCAAAGUCACCAUCACAAUUAAGUGCGAACAGUUUAAUCGCGACGAUUUCGACUCGCGGCCGCUGGAAAAUCGUAUCUUCAUCCGCGUCUGAGAACAAAUCUCGAUUCCGAUGAUACGUUCGGGAUUGGCGAAUAAAUCGGCGAAUAAGUCGCGAACAUGCUGAAGUGGGUGCACUACUGCCCGUUGCCGAGAGAACGCGCGAUCGCGUCCUCGGACGCGAAGAUGGUCGUUCCGGACGAGAUCACGAGGGACGAGAAGGACGGGAGAAGGACGACCGAAAGAAGAAAGGAUAGCUGCGGCACGGUGCGAAGUGCGCGAAACGCGAAAAUCGCUACGCCGGACGCUAUCAUGAGGAGGUGCUUCCGGUUUGGGGGUUCGGAUCCGAGGGUAGCGACCUGCAGAGGAAAGCUGCAGAACAAGCGGAGUAAGCUCAACCAAGAGAUCAACAAGGAACUGCGGUUACGAGCAGGUGCCGAGAAUCUUUUCAAGGCAACUACAAACAGGAAAUUGAAAGAGACUGUCGCCUUGGAACUAAGCUUCGUCAAUUCAAAUCUGCAGCUAUUGAAGGAACAGCUUGCCGAAUUAAACAGCUCGGUGGAGUUGUAUCAAAAUGUCGAUGGCGUUGAGCCUAUUAUGCCGAUGAUACCAUUGGGACUGAAAGAAACCAAAGAUAUCGACUUUCAGGAUCCAUUUAAGGAUUUUAUCUUGGAGCACUAUAGCGAAGAUGGCGAAAAUUACGAGGAAGCUAUAGCAGAUCUAAUGGAAACUAGACAGGCCACGAGGACACCAACUAGAGACUCAGCAGGCAUCGCGUUACUUCUGCGUUAUUACAAUCAGCUCUACUUCAUAGAGAGGCGAUUUUUUCCGCCCGAUAGAAGCCUCGGCAUCUACUUCGAAUGGUUCGACUCGUUGACAGGAGUGCCAAGUUGUCAGCGAACAGUCGCCUUCGAGAAGGCUUCGAUUCUCUUCAAUGCCGGUGCACUCUACACACAAUUAGCUGCUAAGCAGGAUCGUUUGACCGCUCGAGGACUCGAUCAGGCGGUUGACGCUUUCCUACGGGCGGCCGGCACUUUUCGAUACAUCCACGAAAACUUCACGAAUGCACCGAGUAUGGAUUUGGGUCCAGAUAUGUUGGAGAUGCUCGUGCAACUGAUGCUUGCUCAGGCAAGAGAAUGUCUCUUCGAAAAAUUGGAGCUUCAAUCAAGAGACGGCAGAAACAUCGAUGUUUGUUUGGAUCUUGCUCAAGAGGCUACCCAGGUUGCGGCAAUAUACAAUGACGUCCACGGAUUGAUAUCGCGCGAACCGGUUCGUGACUACGUCCCGGAGACUUGGAUUUCACUGAUACUGGUGAAGCGCGAGCAUCAUCUGGCCCUUGCUCACAAGCAUCUCGCAGUCGGUCUGCUGGACAGACCAAUUGUCGAGCUUCGUGUAGAAACAAGGCUCACGUUGGAGCACAUUCAGAAGAGCGAUGGAAAGACUCAAUUGGACAUAACCGUUCCCAGAGAUGAUAACGAAAGGAAAUUAUUGGGCAAAGCUCAUCUCAGAGAAGCUCUCGUUUUGCACGACGAGAGUCAACGACUACAGAGAAUGUGCCGCGAUCUGAAGGGUAAACAAGCGUUAGCGAGGGUUUUGAAGAAAGCACAAGAAGCAACACUCGACAGCUAUAAUAGAUUCGGCAACGAAGAUGAUUUUCGAGAAUUGUUAGAUCCGCCAGAUAUCAUUGCUUCUACGAAAUUUCAACUUAGCAUUACUCAUCCGGAUUUCGGGCAGCACGGAGUGGAUGAUCUAUUCAGAUCGUUAGGACCAGUAGCGAUAUUUUCGGCCAAGCGACACUGGACCGCGCCGCGAUUGGUGCAGCUUCAAAGAGGUCCUGACGGCGAAGGUUUUGGAUUUAGUGUACGCGGCGACGCUCCGGUGAUAAUAGCUGCCGUCGAUCAUAAUUCGCUAGCUGAUGUGGGCGGAAUGAAGGAGGGCGACUUCAUAGUCGGCAUCGGCGACAAAGACGUCAAGUGGGCAUCUCACGAGCAAGUUGUACGAAUGAUAAAGCAAUGCGGUGACUUUAUAAAUUUAAAAUUAGUCACACCAAUGGACAGAAAUUAUUUAAAGACAAUGGUGACAGAGGGGCAGCAAGAAGAGUACGACGAAUACAAGAGCACGUUGGACGCGAACACAUUGGAAGCGGCCAGACUGGAGCUUCGCGAGGAUGACAACACGAGGGAACAAGCUUUGCAGCAAUUUCGUCAUUGGAUCCAGAAGCAUCCUAUGAUCAAGAAGUGCAGGACCGACUCGCUAUUCCUAUUGAGAUUUCUCAGGACGAAGAAGUUCAGUCUACCGAUGGCCCAGGAGAUGCUCGAACGCUAUCUCACUAUCAGACAACUCUAUCCCGACUGGUUCCAGAAGCUCGACAUCGAUGACCCGGACCUCGAGGCCAUCAUCGACAGCGGUUAUCUAGUACCCUUACCGAAACGAGAUGGACAUGGUCGAAAAGUGAUACUGUCGUGUGCAGGACGUUUUGAUCCUUGCAAAUUCUCGUCGAUACACAUGGCGCGAGUCCACAGCAUGGUGGUGGAAACUUUGAUGGACGAUGAGGAAAAUCAGAUCCGCGGCUACACGCAUCUGAACGACGAGUCCGGAUUGACCAUGAGCCAUCUCAGCGCAUGGUCCUUCACGGAUAUUCGCAAUAUGUUGAGAUGCAUACAGAACAGCACCCCGAUGCGUCACAAGGAGACGCACUUGAUCAAUAUUCCUGGCAGCGUGGCGAAGAUCGUCGAGUUCGCUAUCUCGCUGCUCAACGAUAAGCUCAAGUCUCGCGUUAUGAUACAUAAAGAUAUGGAGGAGCUGAGAGAAGCGGUGGAUCCAAAGAUAUUGCCGAAGGAGUACGGAGGGGAAAUUCCGCUCUCGGAGAUGAUCGCUGAAUUCAAAAAGGAUCUGAAAGAGAAGAAAGAUCAACUUAAGGCUCUCGACGACAUGUAUAUCGAGAUUUCACCUAAAGAUUAUCAUGCGGCUAACAAUGAAGAGCUUGGCGGAAUAUGCGGUUCAUUUCGAAAGUUAGAAGUCGAUUGAAGGCUAAUUUAAUUACAUUUCAAUCUCGUAUUGAUAUAGCAUCUAAUUUUCAUAGUUAUUUUUGUGUGAUUGCACAUAUCACGUAUCAAGGAGCAGAUGUUUUCAUAAAAAUUAAAAUAUACUUUA